AUAAAGUUAGUGUCACGUUACAAACCCUCCUACAAUUUUGGAGUUUUGCGCCAAUCGGGUGACGAGUUGCAGAGAUGCAUUAUGAUUGAGUCUGAGACUCAAGGCGCGCCGGAUCCUGCGGAUUUACGGGAGGUAUAGAGCACAUUCUUUGUGGGAAUAGCGACGUUCGCAAAUUGAGAAACUGUUGAAACCGUCAGAUCAGUCCUUUCGGUCCAUCACCGCUUUGCCUAGAUGGACGAAGACAAACACGGAAGUGUUGACGUUUGAUUCGCGAAGGGCAUCUCUGGCAGGGUGCCUAAUUCUGACGAGAGGGUGAGAUACGAAUUUCGGGUAAAAAUGACAUGGAUGCAUGCUGAAUCACAAAAAAGCUCCACAGCUUUCGAGUCCGGAAUGGAUACCACCUUGGGCACGAGGUCCGGGCUGGAAAUUAAACUGGUGUCACUCUUCGUGCUGCUGUUCAUGACACUUGUAAGUGGCUGCUCUGCCUUGUGCAUCAUCAGAGGAAGAGGGAGGUGUAACACACACCCAGAGACACGCUGCAAGGUGCUAAGUUUGGCGAGCUGCUUUGCGGGUGGCGUGUUUCUGGCCACCUGCCUGCUGGACCUGGUUCCUGACUACCUGGUGGCGAUCAACAAGGCCUUUAGCAACCUUGGGAUCACAUUGCAGUUCCCACUACCUGAAUUCAUCCUGGCCAUGGGCUUUUUCCUGGUUCUGGUGAUGGAACAAAUUGUCCUGGUCUUCAGGGACAAAACAGGUGGCUUCACAGGAGAGAGGCAAGCCUUAUUGAUAGAUCCAAGUAUCCAAUCACACGACAAAAAUGGCUUGGGCCAAAAUCACCUGCAUUCUCCCUUUGCUCAUGCCAGGGAUGAACCAGACAGAAUAAGACAUCCUAGCAGGGAAGGAGUCCACCUCCACGUUGAUUUCAACUCUCACUCGGCCAUCCGUUCUUUCAUCCUGGUGUUCUCGCUUUCCCUGCAUUCUGUGUUUGAGGGGCUGGCAGUCGGACUUCAACAGGAUAAGCAGCAGAUUCUGGAAAUCUGUUUGGCUUUGUUGCUUCACAAGAGCGUCAUCUCCUUUAGCCUGGCACUCAAACUCACCCAGGGUCACCUUCGCCAGGCUGCAGUUGCCGGCUGUCUGCUGCUGUUCUCUGCAAUGUCGCCACUGGGCAUCGGACUGGGCAUUGCUCUCACUGAGACCCAGUCCACCCCUCAACACCAGCUUGCACGUUCCACCUUGGACGGUCUGGCUGCCGGCACCUUUAUAUACAUCACAUUCAUGGAGAUCUUGCCUCACGAGCUGGGCUCCUCACAGAACCGCGUACCCAAACUGGCUCUGCUUCUCACUGGUUUUGCAGUGGUCACUGGUUUCCUGUUCAUAAAGAUAUAGUGCCUUACCAAAACUGUCUUAUCCUUUGUUUUUCUGAAGGGAAAACUGUGUCAUAACAAAUAAAUUUGUGUACAAGAA